CCUGUCCAGCCAUUACAGAAUGCUACCUGUACGUCAGACCCCACGCACUGGUCAUGUUUCACCAUCUAGGCCUAUUAGUUUCCCCUAUGUGUGUGUGUGUCUGCACACAAAUGCAACCAUGUCCAUGUCUUCUGAGUCUUCGAAGAAUGACAAUUGGGUCUCUGCUACACUGCACUUCCUCUUCUUGAGUACUCUUUGUGACUGGGAAAUACAAUGCUCAGAUUGAAUGGAUUUGGAGGUGUGUACGUAUUUACACAGACUGAACCACGGUGAGUCAUUGUUUCUGUUGAAUAGUUAUCACCAAUAAAUGUUUUUUAAUCAAAUUCAUUCAGAAUCAACCUGAUGCUGUAUAGACUAAACAAUGUUUUUGCCUGAAAAUAGCCAUGCUUAUGACCUUAUGUGUGUGGGUAUGUGUGUUUGCAGUUGUGUGUAAUAGCCAUGAAAAGGCUUGAGGUCAUCUCUAGGCCUGUCCAAAUAAUAUAAUUUUUCUCAAUCAGUACACUGUGUGUUUGUGUGUGCAUAAAUGUGUUGUGUAAUUUGUACUUUAUCUGAGGGAAUGCUUACUCAGCUUGGCUGAUUAGAGGCAGGACUUUGGAAUGGAGAUGCUAUCAGCUGUGCUACAGUCCACAAGACCAUCCUAGAGAUACCCAGAGAUCCCGCACCACAGGGAGAUGGCUCUCCAGACAGAGGACGACGUGAGCAGCUGGACUGUUAAGCAGGUGAGCCAGUGGCUGGAAGCAGAGGGUUUCCCUGACUAUGUACCGUUGCUAUGUGACCAACACCGUCUGGAUGGCCCAAGUCUUCUGAGCCUGAGGGAGACUGAUCUGCGCACUCCUCCGAUGCAGAUGACCGUGCUGGGGGAUAUUAAGAGACUCAUGCUGGCAGUGAACAGGUUGCAGAGCAGGAUUCCUUCAGCUAUGCCGGAACCAUGGACCACCCACUCGGACGGAGCAGCUGUGCUCGGAGCCACCAUGGAAUGCAAUGGAAGACACAAACACAGGGCCGCAUGUGAGGACACAGUGGCGUCCAGGCUGCAGGUCCCCUGCCAGGCAAACGGCCACCAUUAUCACAACACAAGUGCAGAGCGCUGGCACCCCUAUUCCAGUGGCAAAUGCAGGGAUGCACAGUUAGAUCCCGAGUACUGGAAGACGGCCCUCAGCGUUGUCUAUUUCGUGUUUGUUUGUGGUGCCACGGCCUGCGUCAUGGUGAUUGUACACGAGAGGGUGCCUGAUAUGCGCACAUAUCCUCCCCUUCCUGAUAUUUUCCUGGACAGUGUGCCUAGAAUCCCAUGGGCCUUUGCCAUGGCUGAAGUAUGUGGACUAACCCUUGGUACCAUGUGGAUCCUGGUGCUGCUAUUACAUAAACACAGGUCCAUUUUAUUUCGUCGUCUGUGCUCACUGAUGGGGACAGUCUUUCUCCUGCGAUGUGUCACCAUGCUCAUUACAUCGCUCUCUGUGCCAGGAGUUCAUUUACAGUGUUCCGCAAAGGAGUAUCUGGACAGCUGGGGAAAGAUUCAGAGAGCCCUGACUAUCUGGUCUGGUCUUGGAAUGACCCUGACUGGAGUGCACACCUGUGGCGAUUAUAUGUUCAGUGGGCACACAGUAGUCCUUACCAUGCUCAACUUCUUCAUCACUGAAUACACUCCGCGAGGCUGGUAUUUCAUUCACACUGCAUCCUGGGUGUUGAAUCUGUUUGGGAUCUUCUUCAUCCUUGCUGCACACGAGCACUACUCCAUCGAUGUGUUCGUGGCCUUCUACCUGACCACACGCCUGUUUCUGUACUACCACACACUCUCCAACACACGAGUGUACCAGAGGAGCCGCCGCGCUCGGGUCUGGUUCCCCCUCUUCUCCUUCUUUGAGUGCAAUGUGAGCGGCCCAGUCCCCAACAGGUACUGCUGGCCUUUCCCAAGACCACAUCUUCUGAAGAUCAUUACCGGUUAAAAACAAAGGAAAGGAUGUUUCUGGUGUGGGUGGAUGGAUUCUUAAAGGAAGACUGGAUAGAUAAUGCUUUACCCCUCUACAUUAUUUGACACAUGGUAGUAAUACUUUUAUUUGAACCCUGUUGAUAACAAUGACACAUUCUUCGUGUUUGGAAUAAUAUUAUUUAUUUAUGUUUUAUUUAUGGAUUCUGAAAUGAAAUAUUAAGACUGUAAGAAUGUAGGACUGGGUAUUUUACUUUCACUUCAACAAAUGUACUUUAUGUAUUUUAAGACCAAAACACAAAUACAAAGAAAUGAAAUAAAAGUGAUAGUGUUUGUUCUAUA